AUGACGAGUCGAUUCCCUGCAAACCCAUUCGCACCCUCCCCUCGCAAGCAGGAAUCCAUACCCACACGCCAAGCUCCCCCAGCCCAACAACAAGGCCGUCCAGUACCUCAGCCACAAGACCGCGCCUACUCCACACAACAACCCCGCGGCUAUACCGUUGCUGGUCUGCCCGCUGGUGGUGGCAACGCACUAGCCCUCCGUAACGUCGUAUGUGUGCAUCCUGCUGAUUUUGGGAAUAUCGGAUAUCUCCUCCUCAACAACCAACAAGCACUCGCCGUUCAACCGGAUGAACACGUCACACCGGGUCAAAUUGGGUUCGGUGUUGCGCAGCGUGAAUGGUGUCGUUUGGCUGUCGGUGAUCAAGUUACCGUGACACCUUGGGAUCCCUAUAGCCAAGGCGAAAAGGCACUCGUGUAUAUCGGCUCAAUGGAUCUAGAAGUUGGGUUUUACAGCAAGAAUCGAACGACAGAGGAAGCCUUUGAUCCUGAAGAACUACAAAAACAGCUAUGUCGGAAUUAUGAGCAUCAGCCGUUUGCGCCAGGUCAAUUGCUGGUGGUGGAUUUCAAGAGUUAUAUGAUUAAAGCGUGCGUCAAGGCUGUGACAUUGACGAGUUAUGCCGUUGCAAGUGAAGAAGCAGCUGCGUCAUCAGAUCAUCCAGGCACACGCGGCAUUUUGACGCGCGACUCGCAGAUUGAGUUCUUUAGGAGUGGCACAUUACCCAUCCAAUUGAAAGCAUCGACUCGACGAGCCCCCGCCAAUGCCAUCAUUCAACCGUCCUUCAAGUUUGAGAAUAUGGGAAUCGGUGGUCUCGAUAAUGAAUUCAGCAGUAUCUUUAGACGAGCCUUUGCCUCGCGCGUCCUGCCAUUGGGCAUCGUUCAGCGAAUGGGAUUACAGCACGUCAAAGGUAUCCUCAUGUACGGACCGCCUGGUACAGGCAAGACCCUGAUGGCGCGACAAAUUGGCAAGAUGCUGAAUGCAAAUGAACCCAAAAUCGUUAAUGGUCCUGAAAUCCUCAACAAGUUUGUGGGUCAAUCAGAGGAGAAUAUCAGGAAGCUCUUUGCAGAUGCGGAAAAGGAGUACAAGGAGAAGGGUGACGAGAGUUCGUUACACAUCAUUAUCUUUGAUGAGCUCGAUGCAAUUUGCAAACAGCGUGGAUCUACAGGUGGUGGCACGGGUGUCGGUGACUCGGUGGUCAAUCAGCUGCUCUCCAAAAUGGAUGGUGUCGACCAACUCAACAAUAUCCUCAUUAUUGGUAUGACCAACCGACUAGACAUGAUUGACGAAGCCCUGCUACGACCAGGUCGAUUGGAAGUCCAUGUUGAAAUCUCCCUACCAGACACACACGGUCGUUCACAAAUUCUCAAAAUCCAUACAAACCACAUGCGGACAAGUGGUAGUCUUGCAGGUGAUGUGGAUGUUGAGGAACUCGCUGCAUUGACGAAAAACUUUUCAGGCGCAGAGUUAUCGGGUCUUGUACGGUCGGCUUCGAGUUUUGCAAUGAAUUCCUAUGUCAAGGGCGGUACGGUGGCUGCAUUUGAAAAGGGGAUUGAGGAUAUGCAGGUGCGUCGUGAGGACUUUAUGCAUGCGCUGGAUGAGGUACGACCGGCGUUUGGCGUAUCAGAGGAAGAACUCUCCAGUGUUGUUCAGUCGGGCAUCUUGCACUAUUCCCCUCAAAUUGGUGAAAUUUUGAAAGAGGGACAGUUGUUUAUCAACCAAGUACGCAAGUCUGAGCGUACGCCACUUGUCAGUGUCUUACUCUAUGGUCCUGCUGGUGCCGGUAAAUCUGCCCUUGCAGCAACACUUGCCAUGCAGUCCGACUUUGGCUUCAUCAAGCUCAUUUCACCAGAGAGCAUGAUUGGCAUGAAUGAGGCUCAAAAGGUCAAUUGCCUAAACAAGGUCUUUACAGACAGCAACAAGUCACAGUUGUCGUGCAUUGUUGUGGACAAUAUUGAGCGUAUCAUUGAUUGGGUACCUAUUGGCCCACGAUUCAGCAAUACUGUCCUUCAAGCACUGAUGGUCCUGAUGCAGCGGAAACCACCAAAGGGACGGCGGUUGCUCGUGCUGGCCACAUCGUCAGAACGUUCUGUCCUUGACCAAUUGGGUCUGCUGAAUACCAUUGACAGCGAGAUUCCUAUUCCGGAAGUCGCAGACUUGCAGCAACUCGGUCAGCUUGUUGGUGAACUUGGCUUAUUUGCAAAUGAACGCAGCUUGCGAGAUGCCUUGGGCAAUCUACAGCAACUGGUUGGUGGUUCACAAGUGGGUGUGGGAGUCAAGCGGGUCCUCAUGAUUGGCGAGGCUGCUGCCCAGGAUGAGGAUGUGGCGGGUAGGUUUGUGGAUCUCAUGGCCAAGUCUAUCGCUGAGAAUGGCACACGGCAGGCGUCUAUGUAG